AUGGAUGGCUCAAAAGAUCCCUCUCAGGAGGAAAAGCAGGUCGGCUACUGCGAAGACAUCGCCGAAAAGCCACAUGUCACAGCUCAUCAGGAACAUCAUCUCAUCACGAGCGAGGAAGCCACGCAGGAAGGGGAAGGGAUCCUCCUUACCAUCAACACCAAGGAUGGGACGGACACGGCAGGGCUGAAAUUAGCACCGGACGGUCGUACUGUUCUGAUUCCGCAACCGAGUGAUGACCCCAACGAUCCGCUUAACUGGCCGUGGUGGAAGAAACACGCCGUCCUCCUCACCACGUCGAUCCUGGCCGGCAACGGGGACUUCAGUCUCUGCCUGGGCUUUCCGGCCAUCCUGCCACAGGCCGGCCACUGGAACAAGUCGUACAACUCGAUGAACUUCACCACGAACCUGGCCGUAAUUAUGGUGGGCGUUGGCGGCGUCCUCGCCAUCCCGCCGAGCUACUUCUGGGGACGUGCACCGGUCGUGUUCUGGAGCGUGCUGGCCAGCGCACUGUUCACGCUGGGCAUCUGCUUGACGGACAGCUUCGAGGCCUUCUACGCGCUACGGGCGCUGCAGGGGGCCACGCUGACCGUGUGCCAGACCACGACGCUGUGCUACAUCAAGGAUAUGUUCUUCCUGCACGAGCACGCCCGCAAGAUCGGCAUCUGGCUGUUCUUCUUCUACGUCACGCCCUACGUAGGGCCUAUGCUGGGCUACUUCAUGAUCUCCGGCCUCGACUCUGCCUGGCGUCCGCUGUACUGGCUCGCCUUCGGGUCGACAUGCCUGGACCUCGUCCUCGUGCUGCUGUUCCUCGAUGAGACCUGGUACCGCCGGGACGUGUCCAUCGAAGAGCAGCCGCGCCGCGGGGGCCGGUGGCAGAGGGUGGUUGGGAUCUGGCAGAUUAGGCACCACAAUGGCUACUUCAUGGGUGUCGUCCCGGCCUUUGGCAGGCUCUGGGCCGUGUUGGUCAAGCCACUGAUGCUGCCGAUCCUCGUCUACUUCUGCCUCUAUUUCAUGUGGGCCACCGGGGUCAAUAUCACAGCGGCUGUCCUCCUGGGAACGCCCGUAGAUGUGGGAGGAUACGGGUUCAGUCCCGAGGCUUCUGGGUUCAUCUAUUUUGCUCCAGCCAUCGGUGUAACGUUGGGCGAAGCCCUCGGACACUGGCUGAACGACUGGAACGCGGCGCGGUAUACGAGACGGCACGACGGGCUUUUCAAGGCAGAGGCGCGCCUCCCAGUCACGUACCUGGGGACCAUCAUCAUGGUGCCGGGCCUGGUGCUUCUGGGACAGUCGUUCGAGCAUCGCCUGCACUGGCUGGGCGUGGCGUUCGGCUGGGGCAUCUACAUCUUCGGGGCCAUGCUGUCUAGCGUGGCCAUCACGGCCUACGCCCUGGAAUGCUAUCCGCAGGCCUCGGGCGAGGUGUCGGCCUUCAUCAACUUCAUGCGCGUCAUGGGCGGCUUCGCUGUGGGCUACUUCCAGCAGCCGUGGGGGUUGAGCGUCGGCUAUGGCGCGAGCUUCGGCACCCAGGCAGCCGUGAUUGUCGCGGCCGGGGGCAUCCUCACCUUCAUCUACUUCUACGGCGAAAGGCUUCGGGUCAAAGGCGGUCCGCUCAGGUUCCCAGGCUCGACCUGA